AUGGAAGAAGAUGAUGUUGCCAAUAUUUCCAUUGGCAUACCAUCAGACGGCUAUAUAGAGGACAAUAUUUCUGGAUUUGAUAAGAAGACUGGAAAUCUCUGGAUUUAUCCCACAAAUUACCCAAUCAGAGACUACCAAUACAAUAUAGUGCAACAGGUUAAAAAAAAAAUGGAUUUUUUCCUUCUGAAUUGAUGAUGAUGAAAUUAACAUAUACUUUUUGUAAUUUGGUCUUGAAGGGAAUUAGAAUUGAUUUACAUGUUCAUGAUUAUAAGUUUCUCUCAAGUCUGAAAAUACAAUGAUGAAAAAUUGGACAUUACUGUACAAAUUAUAAUUCAAUGCUGAAAAUGUAUAAAAUGCAUGUUUAUCAAAAUUCUAUAAAAUUUUCAUCAUUUUUAUCAACUGCAGAGCCUCUUCAAAAAUACCCUUGUGGUACUGCCCACAGGCCUAGGAAAGACUUUCAUAGCAGCUGUAGUGAUGUACAAUCUUUAUCGUUGGUUCCCUCAAGGCAAGAUUGUUUUCAUGGCACCAACAAAGCCUCUUGUAGCUCAGCAGAUCAAUGCCUGUUACAACAUAAUGGGUAUUCCCAAAGAAGAUACCGUUGAAAUGACAGGUGAGUCGUAACUCAACUGUCAAUUAUGUAAUGCAAAGUAUAAAUACUAAGAUACAUAAGAUAUUAAAACUAUUGAAAUCAUUUUCAUGAAAUGUUAGAAAGGCUAGAAAAUAAAUAUCAGCCUUAGAAGAUAAAUAGUUAUUUAAAAACAAAUAAAUUAUUAAAAGAAAUUUAACAAAUCUGCAAGUGUUGGAAGCAAUAUGAAGCCUAUUUACAAACCUGACAAUAAUUUUAAAUUUAUUUUGAUGUGAGCACCUGAUCUCGCUUAUAUACAUUACUUAGGCACAAUGCCCCCAACUGUCAGACAAAAAGCGUGGAGGGAGAAAAGAGUUGUAUUCCUGACCCCUCAAGUGAUCACCAACGAUUUAAGCAGAGGCUCAUGCACAGCUGAGAGCAUAAAGUGUCUUGUGGUUGACGAAGCCCACAAGGCAGUUGGAAACCAUUCAUAUUGUCAGGUAGUUUAAUAGUAGAGCAUAUUAACUUCACAUUGCUUAUUAAGAAAUAUUUUUCAGCAAUUGUGAUGUACCCUAUUUAUAAACAAUACCAUUUUAGUUUAUUUAUAUAUUGUUCAGAAAAGCAUGAUAAAUAAUUAUUCUAAUGCAGAGAGGUAAAAAAAUUAAGUUUAAAAAUGUUACAAGUUUUAAGAACAUUUAUUUAUUAAUUUGCAAUAAAUUAAAUGGAAACAUUUUUGUUGUUGAUAUUCCUACUUUAAUUGAUGUAACAUAUUGUAAAGGUUAUUAGGGAGCUUGUCAAGUUUGCCAGACAAUUCCGGGUCUUGGCCCUCAGCGCUACUCCAGGAGGUGACCUCAAAGUAAGCACAUCCAUUUUUUACACGGACCAGUACAUCUAUUUGACACCACAGUUAUUAGAAGGAAAUGUUGAUAUAUAAAAGCCCAGCAAAGCUACAAUGCAUCUUUGUAUUGUAUUCUUCACAAUGUUUAUGAGCUGCACAUUGUUGAGUUUUGUUAAUUUAAUUUUACAGCCAUGGUAAAUGUUAAACAAUUCAUCACUUUCAAAUUUGUGCAUUGAAUUUCUUAAAUAUUAAUUUUUAAUUUUUUCUCAUGACAGGCAGUACAGCAGGUUAUUAACAAUUUACUGAUUAGUCACAUUGAACUAAGAACAGAAGAGUCCAUUGACAUACGAUCUUAUACUCAUGUGAGGAAAGUUGAUAAGAUUGUUGUACCGCUGGGGGAGGAGUUGACAGGUGUGAGACUGCAGUACAUACAGGUGCAUUUUCUUUCUCUUAAACAAAGAUUAUAAAGGAAUGAUACCUUUUUUAUAAAAUUGAAGGUCUUUCAAAAGCAUCUAGCGCUUUUUCUAUUGAUAACAUUGUUUUUUCUAUUGAUAAAAUUAUUUGUUCCAUUAUUUUUAAAACACAAUGAACCCACUGCUCAUGAAAGUCUUAAAUGCUUUUAAAACUUCUUUAUGUUAAAAAAUUUCAUCAAUUUAAAAAGAUAAAUUAAUAUAGCAUACAAAGAAAAAUAAUUUUUAAGUGGGUGUGAAAUUGCCUUUCUUAUUCUUUCACUAAUGUAACCAGAUAAUGACAUGUGUGGUGCAGCGUCUAAUACGUAAUAAAGUUGUGUAUAACAGAGACGCUACCAAACUCUCAAAGUUUCUCCUCCUUAAAUCCAGAGAAGAAUUCAGACAGAAUCCUCCACAAAACCUGCAGGUAGCAAACAGACAACUUGUUAAUUAAUGUGUUGAAAUACAAUGCAUUUUUCAAAUUUCAAUGAGUUUAUUUUCAAGCUAGCCAUAGAAUUUUAACUAUAACACUGAUCUUGAUUAAUCUUUUCUGUUACUAAAAUUUAAAUGGAGUUCAAAGUUUUAAUGAAGUCUUUUCAAACUUUAGACUGUGAUUAUAUUAUGAAAACUUUAAGAAUGGCCUGAUUGUUUAAAGCCACAAUAUAAAUUUUGUUUUAAUUAAUUGCCUCUCUAUAAUUUUACUAUCUCACAAUUACAUUGAAAAAUACAAUUGCAGCAAGCCCAGUUCGGCAAUAUUGAGGCAGACUUUGCCUUAGCCAUCAGCCUGUACCAUGGCUUCGAACUCCUACAACUUCACGGUCUGAAGUCACUCUACAAUUAUCUCAUGGGGAUCAUCUCAGGUGACAAGGGUUAUGGAAGAACACGCUCUGAGCUGUUGAGAAACGCAGACUUCAAUGACAUCAUGGAAAACUUGAGACAGAAGUUUUCUGCUUCAGGGCUUCAAGGGUGAGUCACAUUAAAGUAGAGGUUGGUUGAACUUUUUCAUUAAACAUUUGUAACUUAUUAAGUAUUUCACUUGAUUUUAAUAGGAGAACUUGGCUGUAAUUUAAGAGUUUUGUCUAAAGAUUUGUAACUUAUCAAGUAUAUCACUUGGUUUUAUUAGGAGAACUUGGCUCUAAUUUGACAACCUAAAAGUUUGUGAUUUUAUAAUGAAUAUUUGGCCUUUCCAGGUGUGCUGCAUCUGUGGAUUGUAAACUUGCUGUUGGUCACCCAAAAAUGCAACGACUGGAAGAAAUUGUAGUUGAGCAUUUCAGCUCUUUUGAAAAAAGUCAGUACUUUUAUUUGUUUUCAAUUUUUCUCUUCAUCUAACUAUUCAUUUAGUUCAACAAUUGUAAGCGUUUUCUGCACUUUUGAAACACGACCUUUAGAAUCAUCCUGAAGAAACAAAAUCUAACUUUUGGAUCGAGAUUUUCAAAGCCAGGAGUUAACAAUGUUUGAUAAAGAAAUGAACAGAAUCAAAUUAGGAAAUCCAAUUAGGAUUCUGAUGUAAGUUUUAUGAAUCUGCCAAAAAGCUCCCACUUCGCAAUUCAGAUUUGUAUAACAUCCAACACAUUAACAUCAAAAUACUUAAUUAUCUUUGUAACAACUAAUAGGACUAACGCUACCAGAUGUUCAAUAGUGCGCAAAAUAAGAUUUCUGAUAACUGUGCUAAAUGAGGUUCUUAAAAAUGCAGCACAUGCAUUUGUUGCGUAGUAUUUUCUUUUCUUUUACGGAAAUAGUGUAAUAAAUCUGUGGUUUUAAAUGGUUGGGACAUUAUAUUAUUAACAUAGUUCAAGGAUGGCCUAAGGGGGGGUGGGGGAGCGCUAAUUUGGAAAAUCUGCUAAAGUGCAUUACUUGAAUGCAUUUUGUUAUGAAUUGGAUUUGUGGGCGUGAUUAUUUGUGUGUGAAAGUUGUUGAUAGUGAAUUAGUGAGAGGCUUUGUGAGGGGGACUUGUGAUUGGUCGGGUCAUGCAAGGUCAGUUCAUGGAGUUCAGUCCCUGGGAUUAUUAGUGAUAGGCAGUAUGUUGAACUAUGCAACUAUGUUGCAGUGUGAAAAGGUGCAAGCCCCCUUUAAAUGUAGAGAAGAUAGUUGUCUUACGACAGGUGUCGGUGAGUAAGGAUUCUAUAAAGGACUUUUUGUGAACUGGUAGUUGCUGUGAUAGGAUUCUGCAAAUAAGUAACUUAUAGAUACUUUCAUUGGAUGUUGUUGUUGCUAGUGAUAAGAAAAAAGAUCAUAACAUUCAAUGCACUGAACUUCCUUAAGAAAUAAGAUCGUAACACAUGUUUUGUGAAGUAACUUUAGUAGAUGGAAAGUUCACACAUUGAGGCCGCUGUUGUUUGGUGGGCUAUAGCUAGUUUAUUAUAUUCUGUCUUUAUUAAUCAUUUUGCCAUUUUUAAAUUGGUUCAGAGGGUCUGGAAACUAGAGUUAUGAUCUUCAGCCAAUAUCGCGACAGUGUCCAGGAGAUAGCAUCCAUCCUUCAGCAGCAUCAUCCCCUCGUCAAAGUCAUGCCUUUCAUCGGCCAGUCAUCAGCUGGGAAGGCUACUAAAGGCUACACACAGAAAGAACAACUAAUGGUCAGUCAAAAAUUUUCAUGGUAGGGCAAGUUGAAUGAGGUGUCUUAAAAGGCAGCCUGAUAUUGACAUUGAAGAGGAAAAUGAAGUGCUGCAUAGAAUUAGCUAUAAAUUUCACAGCACAUCAGGGUACACAAAAUUAAAUAUAACAUCUAUAAAUUAGCUCUACACUGAAAAUGGCUAUAACUUCAUAAUUUAAAUGUCUAACUUGAAGAUAAAGCUAAAUUUAGAGGUAUGUUUAAAACUACCUCUCCGACCAUGUUUUGCACUUUUCAGUUUUGUUUAUAUAAUUUUGUAUUUGAAUUGAAUAAUAAUUUAUACUCAGCCAUUUUGAAAUAUUUUAUCUUUAACUCUUUUGCUGCGGAAUUUUUUAUCGAAAAAAUUUACAUUUUUUUCGAAGAGCAAAAAAGAGUGAGAAGUUAGGUUUAUUAAAAAAUAUUUAAAAUAUUAUUCUUUGGUUUAUAAGACUAAACUUGGUAUCAAAUGAAAGAUAAUCGAAAGAACUUUAUGGUUUGUAAUCUUUUUUCUUCAGUUUAAAUAAAAUAAGUUACAGAAAAGAUCUAUACAAUGUGAAAUAUUUUGUGCUAAACCAUUUUUUCCCCCAAACCCUAUGAUGUACCCAUAGAUCAUCUUAACUUCUAUAACUCAAAACCUCUAAAACUACUACUAUCGGAAUAAUGCGAUUGGAUCUAAAUAUAAAUCAUCUUCACUAUCAAAAGAAAUAGUAUAAAACAAUUCCAAAGCUUUUUGAGCUGUUAAUCGUCUAGGAAACUUAUUCACCCACUAAGGCCUAGAGUAGCCAUAGCAACAAGAAAAAAAAAAGCGAAGAAAAUCAUUAAAAUAAUUGAAGCAUGACAACAAAUAAACCUCGGUUUCGCUUAUAAACAAUGAAUACCACUAUUCUAUGUAAAAGUCUUAUUUAAAAAUAGCUCUUAAAAAGUUUAACUGAGAAAUAGCAAAGAAACAAACAUGGUAUUGAAACAACGCACAGCCUGUUGGUCAGUGCUUUUGAGAAUGGCGGUCGAACGCAGUGUGUGUUGUUCCGCAUCGAAAGAGUUAAUAAUACAUUUGUUUUAAUGGGAUAAUAGUUUCCUUUGCUUCUAAUUAUCUUGAUAUUGAUUCAAAUUAAUAAAAUGUACAAAUGAGCUUGCUUUCGUUUUUAACUAAUUGCUUUUUUUACCAUUAGGUAAUGAAGAAGUUUAGGGAAGGUGGCUACAACACAUUGGUGUCGACCUGUGUUGGUGAAGAAGGUCUUGACAUUGGUGAUGUUGACCUAAUUAUUUGUUUCGAUGCCCACAAAAGCCCCAUCAGACUGGUGCAGCGUAUGGGGAGGACAGGUCGUAAAAGAGAGGGCAGGAUUGUUAUGUUGGUGACAGAAGGAAAAGAAGAGCAAGUAAGAAGAGUAAUCUUUUAAAGCUACGUUUAUCUUACUCCCUGUUCAAGAAAUGUUGUGGCUCGUUGAGCUCGUAACAAACAAAGCCUCAUGCUUGGCUUUUGGUGGCUUGUUUUAGACAGCUUGACCAUACGUCACCAGACACUGAAAUAUUGUUCUCAUCACAGUGUUUUAAGUCCUGUAAGUUAGCAAUGCCUAAAGGUGUUGUAGAUAAGCUAUUUAUUUUUAAAAUAUUAAAUUGAGUUUAAGACAUUUUUAUAAAGAGCAUUUGGGAGUGGGAUGUGGAGGUAAUAUUAUUGCAACAUAUAUAAUAGCAAAAAAUAUAUUUCGGUACUGAACUUGGGAAGGGUAGGGAAAUUAUGAAAUAGUGUGCAUGCAAUGUAUAGAAGACCCUUUAAUUCAUUUUGUUAUGAAGGUGUUUCAUAAAAAACAAUUAGUAAGGAGACCAUUUUCAUUAAUUACCGGUAUUCAGUUGUAAAUUGUAUAAUUUUAAUUGAUUACCAUCUAAUGACUUUAUAGAUUUACAACCAAAGCCAGUGCUCGAAAAGAAGCAUUCACAAAGCAAUCCUCAAUGGUGCCAGAUCCCUUCAUUUCUACCCCAACAAUCCUCGAAUGGUCCCAUCAUCCAUACACCCCAAAUGCCACAAGAUGUUCAUAACUGUUAGCACAGACUCUAAAAAU